AGGACAAAAAAACCAGCAAAAAAUAAAUUAAAAAAAAGAACAUUCUUUCAUUAAAAGCAACAUUACCACACACUCCAGAUCUGUUCUUUUGUGCAUGCGCAUCAAGUGUAGAGGAUAAGGGUAGAACGGGAAAUUAGUUAAUUGUUUGAUGAACAUGGAUGAUAAGUUAGUGGCGAGGCUAGAGUCCGCGGUGGCGCGACUGGAGGCGCUAUCGACGUCGGGAUUUAGAGCGGGUGGUGAUAUUGGCGGCGGAGGUGAUGUGGCAGCGUCAGAUCCGUCGAUUUUAGCGUUUGAUGAUUUGAUUGGGCAGUAUUUAGGUAGGGUUUCGAAUGCUGCUGGAAAAAUUGGAGGACAAGUUUUGGAUGUUACGAAGAUUGUUCAGGAAGCUUUUAAUGCUUUGAAAGAGCUUCUUAUUAAAGCUAAGCAAACUCAGAAACCUGAUCCUGCGGGGAUGGCUGAAUUUCUCAACCCGUUGAAUGAAGUUAUAAUGAAAGCAAAUGCAAUGACAGAGGGUAGGAGGUCUGAUUUUUUUAACCACUUGAAGUCUGCUGUUGACAGUCUUACAGCUUUGGCUUGGAUUGCUUACAUGGGAAAAGAUUGCGGUAUGAGCAUGCCUAUUGCACAUGUUGAAGAAAGUUGGCAAAUGGCUGAAUUUUACAAUAAUAAGAUUCUUGUGGAGUAUAAAAGCAAAGACCCAAAUCAUGUCGAGUGGGCCAAAGCCAUGAAAGAGCUAUAUUUACCGGGGUUGAGGGAUUAUGUUAAGAGUCAUUAUCCCUUGGGUCCAACAUGGGGUACAGCAGGAAAAGCGCCAAGUUCUACUCCCUCCAAAGCUCCUGCACCAAGUGCUCCUGCUGCUCCUCCACCUCCACCAGCUUCUCUCUUCAGUGCUGAAUCUUCACAACCUUCCUCUUCUAAGCCAAAGCAAGGGAUGUCUGCUGUUUUCCAAGAAAUCAACUCAAACAAGUCUGUGACUGCAGGUUUGAGGAAGGUUACAAAUGAUAUGAAGUCAAAGAACCGUGCGGAUAAAACUGGCGUUGUUAGUGCCGGUGAAAAAGAAGUCCGUACUAGUACAUCUUCUUUCUCAAAGGCUGGACCUCCAAAACUUGAGCUUCAAAUGGGUCGUAAGUGGGUUGUUGAAAAUCAAAUUGGAAGAAAGAACUUAGUAAUUGAUGACUGCGAUUCAAAACAGUCUGUUUAUGUUUAUGGAUGCAAAGAUUCUGUAUUGCAGAUUCAGGGGAAAGUCAACAAUAUAACAGUUGAUAAAUGCACAAAGAUGGGAGUUGUAUUUAUGGAUGUUGUGGCUGCUUGUGAGAUUGUGAAUUGCAAUGGUGUUGAGGUGCAAUGCCAGGGUUCAGCUCCAACAAUUUCUGUGGACAACACAGGAGGCUGCCAGCUCUAUUUAAGUAAGGAUUCAUUGGCAACAUCCAUUACUACAGCCAAGUCAAGUGAGAUCAAUGUUUUGGUACCUGGUGCAGAGCCUGAUGGUGAUUGGGUGGAGCAUGCUUUGCCGCAACAGUACAUUCAUGAAUUCAAGGACGGGCACUUUGAAACUACUCCAGUUUCCCACUCUGGAGGUUAAUCGACUGGUGUUGCCAAACCAGGUUUCCGGUUUUUUAUUUUUGCAUUCUAGGAUGCCUGAGGGGUGGCUUCGACAUACACAUCAUUUUUUUUCUCUUUUCUCGAUUCCUUUUGAUGUCCAUAUAUAUGGCUGACACAUCAUUGAUGUUGUUGGUUAUUUCUCUUCUUUUUUCUUUGGUAUGACCAAUUUGCUUGAUUUUUGUUGUUGUUGUUUGUUUCAAGAUGUCUCGUCUUGUUUUGAGAAGGUUUCCGACUGAUUCUGUUGCAAUGAGAAUGGAGUUUUGUAUUA